AUGUCCCCCCUGCAACGUCCCCGGCCAUCUCCUCCGGCCGAUGCCGGCAUCCGUCUUCCGGGUUCCGAUACCCUGCGAGCGCCUGGACAUGCGGGGGACAGAACCGGCGGGAAAUUUUACAAUUUUAAAAUAAAACAUUACUGUAUCAAACCAUUUCACAUACAUUUUGUCCCUACUGCUUUGUCCUGUGCCCUGCCUGCAUUUUUACCGUCCUUUCUGCCUGGAAACUGAGAAACGUCCAUGGCGUCCAAAAAGCAUCCCUUUAGGUCAAAAGCGUUUUUAGACCAGCUAGAGAACAGCGAUAGUAAAUCAGAACUACUUGCAGAAUUGA